GGUAUUGAUUGGCUCUCGGUGUUUCUCGCGCCAAGAGGUAGUGUGCGUUGCGCAGCAGCUUGACUUGUGUGACUAGAGCGGCUCAAGAUGUGGAACAAUACCGGAGGCUUUGGUGGUGGUUAUGGUGGUUCUGGAAUGGGAGGAGGUGGUGGUUACAUGCAGUCACCAGGGGGCUUUGGAUCCCCAGCACCCACACAAGGAGAAAAGAAAGCUAGAUCCAGGGCACAACAGAUCGUACCAUGCACAGUAUCACAGCUUCUCUCGGCCACGCAGAAUGAUGAGGUUUUCAGAAUAGGGGAAGUUGAGCUUUCUCAGGUUACAAUUGUUGGAAUAGUCAGACAUGCUGAAAAGGCUCCAACAAAUAUUCUUUAUAAAGUGGAUGACAUGACUGCAGCACCAAUGGAUGUCAGACAGUGGGUGGACACAGAUGAAGCAAGUUGUGAGAGCAUUGUGGUACCGCCUAAUAGCUACGUUAAAGUAGCAGGUCAUCUUCGCUCCUUCCAGAAUAAGAAGAGUGUUGUAGCAUUUAAGAUUGCACCUAUUGAAGACAUGAAUGAAUUUAUAUCACACAUGCUGGAGGUUGUACAAGCUCACAUGAUCCUAAAUUCCCAGGGUCAGGCUUCAGGAGGUGGAUCUGCCAUGGUCCUCAGCACACCUGGACGCGUGGGAAUGGGGGAGACUGCAGGAGCAAAUGACAUGCCAAUUAAUGGGCUGACGCCACAUCAGAGCCAGAUUUUGAAUCUGAUUAAAAGCUACAGAGGGAGUGAAGGAAUGGCAUUAGAUGAUCUGAAGGCAAGGCUUCAAGGAAUUAAUGUGAACACAAUCAAACAAGCAUUAGAGUUCCUUAGCAACGAGGGACAUAUUUAUUCCACAGUGGAUGAUGACCAUUUCAAGUCAACAGAUGGAGAUUAAGAAAAGCAAAUUAUGCAUUGCAUCUGUGGUUGAGUGGUGCAACCGAAGAAACUGUGUCCUGACUUCUAUAGCGUGGAUAUGUGGCUUAUGUGUCAUCAUUUUCAGGAUUCUUGCACCUCACUCCCUGCCUCUUUCCCCCACGCCCGCUUUUUUUUUUUGGCAAUAAAAUGGAUUUCCUGUAGCAAGAUGAGAUGUAUAUGGGUUAGUCAUAGGCUCAUAAUCCUCAUUUAGGAGAGGCCUACACCAUACACUGAGAACUAUUUCCAUGUUUUUUUGUUUUUUUUUCUCAUCCUCUGAAAACUUUACUUUCAGUAUAAAACAAUUAGGCAGGCUAUAGUAUUGGAAAAUUGAAGAUGGUUUUACAUCUUAACAAGUAGAUUACACGAAUCCCUAUAGAUAUUUUCUGGUAAUGUUGAGAGGAUUCAGCAUCCACUUCUCAAGUGACACUUAAACCUUUGAGAUUUUAAAGUGUCUUCCACACAACCAUUUUUUUCUUUCUUUGCAAUUUUGUUCCCUACAAAAAAAAUAUUUUUAACAUCUAAA